AUGUCCAUCACUCAGCAAGAAAUGUCUCUCGUCACGGCGAAUCCUCCUCCGAUCAACGUCGAUCAAAUCUUCGCCGAGGUUGAAAUGUCCGGCGCUGAAACCUCCCAAACCGUCCGAGCAACCGUCGUCCAGGCUUCUACUGUCUUCUACGACACUCCCGCCACGCUAGAUAAAGCGGAGAGGUUGCUUGCCGAGGCAGCGGAGAAUGGGUCCCAUCUCGUGGUGUUCCCGGAGGCUUUUAUCGGCGGAUAUCCUCGUGGCUCUAGCUUCGAGCUGGCGAUUGGUGCUCGUACGGCUAAAGGAAGAGACGAUUUUCGCAAGUACCAUGCUUCUGCCAUUGAUGUUCCUGGCCCUGAAGUGGAACGAUUGGCGGAGAUGGCGAAGAAGUACAGAGUGUUCUUGGUUAUGGGUGUGAUAGAGAGGGAAGGCUAUACUCUAUACUGCACCGUUCUCUUCUUUGAUCCGCAAGGUCAGUUCUUGGGUAAGCACCGGAAGCUCAUGCCUACAGCUCUCGAACGUUGCAUCUGGGGGUUCGGAGACGGUUCGACCAUCCCGGUUUUCGAUACUCCCAUUGGUAAAAUCGGCGCUGCUAUCUGUUGGGAGAAUAGGAUGCCUUCUUUGAGAACCGCAAUGUAUGCCAAAGGGAUUGAGAUAUACUGUGCACCUACUGCUGAUGCUAGAGAAACUUGGCAAGCAUCGAUGACUCACAUCGCUCUUGAAGGCGGAUGUUUUGUUCUGUCGGCUAACCAGUUCUGUCGCCGGAAAGAUUAUCCGCCACCACCGGAGUACUUGUUUUCCGGUUCAGAGGAUAGCCUAACACUGGACUCUGUUGUCUGCGCCGGUGGAAGCUCAAUCAUUUCGCCGUUAGGAGUUGUUCUUGCUGGACCAAAUUAUGAAGGAGAGGCUCUUAUCUCAGCUGAUCUUGAUCUUGGGGACAUAGCAAGAGCUAAAUUUGACUUCGAUGUGGUGGGUCAUUACUCGAGGCCUGAAGUCUUUAGCUUGAACAUAAGGGAGCAUCCGAGGAAAGCGGUCAGCUUCACGACUAAGGUUACAAAAGAUGAGACUGUCAAAAAGACUUAA